UAUUUUCAAACAAAAAUAUUUUUGAAAGAUGUAGUCAAAAGUUCCGUUUGUUUUUGUUGUUUUUAAAUUGAUCUCAUUAAAAUAUGUCUCAUUUUGGCAAGCCAGCUUCCUUUGAGAAUCAUAGGAGAACUGCGGCGUUUACGUUUAAAAAGAGAUCUGAAAGGGUGGAUUGGCGAAAGCUAGCUGCAGUUGAUGUUAACAGAAUCGCAAGGGAACUUGAUUUCAAAAGUUUGCAGGAGAACAUCAUGAAUAUUACUUUUUGCAACAUUGAGGCUGAAAUGGACUCGCACCUUGUUGAUCCAAAUUUUGUAAAGUUAUUUCAACUGUCACAGCUCAUUAUAGAGUAUUUGAUGCAUUCACAGCAGUUUCUUCAGUUCAAGAUCAAUGAGAUGGAAGCCACUUUGAAGGAUAAUGAACAGGGUCUUGAGAAGAAAUCAAAAGAGUUGGAAGAGAAACAAAACUCUGUGAAUCAUCUGAAGAAGGAAAAUCGUAAGGCUCGUAAAAUGCUUGCAGAAUAUCAGCUGAUGAUGAGAACAGGAGCUAGUGGGAUGCACAAGUGUCCUUUUUGUCCAAAAGUGUUUGUGAGCAACGAUUAUUUACUGGCUCAUCUCCAACGUCGUCAUCCUGAACAGAACUCUCAAAUGACGAAUGGUUUUGCAAGACAAACCACGAAGGAAUCACGUCCUUUACAAGACAGCAACACGGCUAUCAAUGGAGAGUUAUUACAAGAGUUGAGCGAGAUAAAGGAGAGAUUAGCUUCGACUGAACGACAGCUCAAACAAGAGAGAAAUGAACAACAACGCAUCGAGAAAGAGGACAAAGAAAUGCACAAAAUAAAAGAACUUGAAGACAGAUACACGCAGUGGAAGGAAGAUGAACAACAGCGACAAACGCAUGAAAUGAGAGAGUUCAAAGAUUCCGUUAUGCUCGAAUUGAGACAAGUUCAUGAUGAAAAAAACGCUUUGGAACAGAAAAUUGUUGAUCUUCAGCAAAGAUCAGAGAGGAAAUCUUUAAUACGUGGAAUUCAGGACGAAGACGAGACCGAUGCUCCUUCAAGCAAACAACAAAGGCAGGAUAUGGAAGUCAUUCGAAGGGAACUUCAUCAAGAGGUAAACAGCAUCCAAACGCACGCUGAGGAAGAAAUGAAAAAAAUGUCGGAGAAAUGGAGAAAAAAAGAAAAUAAGAUGAAGAAGGAAAACGAUGCGGAAAAGCAAAAAUACGAGUCUAUGUACCGACAGUUUAACGAGGCUCUUGAAGCAGAGAGGAUUGAAAAACAGAAAAUGAUCGUUGGUUUUGAGGAACAAAUGAAUGAAAUGAACAAGAAAAUUGCCGAGCGUGAAAGAUUGUCCGAAGUACCGAAAGGCAGACCGCCACUGGCUCCAAAUACCGCAGAUCAAGUUGGUACAAUCAAUCGAGAGUCUCAGAGACCAACGUCGCGUCAAGAGGAACCUCAAGAAAAUGACACCAUUACACUGUAUGUUGCUUUCAAUGGCACCAACUAUCAGCUUCGUAGAAAUUCGUCAUCUUCGUCUCGCGAUUGGUCAGAUCAGUUUUCAUUCGACGCCUAUUUGCAGGCAAACGAAUCCUUCGAGUAUCCCAUCUACGUCUUCUCGGCAGGCGGGUCGCCGUAUUGGCGGCAGUACAUUUCGACCAACCCCUCCCCUCCUAGUUCCGAGUAUCGUACCGACUACAUGUUCUAUGUCUCGUCCGCACCGCUGGCAAGAACGAUUGCGUGCUACGUCCAGGAGAGCGGCAGCAUUCCAGUCAUCAAGUCGUGCAUAUCUAAGAGCGCAAAGCUAACUGGAUGGAGGAGCACAGGAAUCAUUUUUUAUGCUUGGAAAUCUACAAGACCUGGCAGCCCAACAAAACCUCUAAACAGAUCAGGAACAUUCAUGUCUGACACAGGAACCGAAGGAGAUGAUGGCUCAGAAUCAGACGAUGUUUCUGUGUCCAGUUUAAACACUGCAACAGAGAGCGCAAAGAAGAAUUUGGCGGAGGCGAUACAAAUAAAUCGUUCAAAAGUCGAGGAACUCCAGCAGCAGCGAGCACUUCCUCCGCCACCAGCUCCGGCGGAAGAUUCGCGAGAUUCUGAGAGCGAGGAAAACGAAUCAGAAGAAGAUUUGGGAACAACACUAGAAACUGGCACCUUUAGGCCGUUUGAGAAAUUCCCUGAAGUUACAACGCGAUACAACCACAGACAAGACACGUUAGAAGAAUGCAAAGAAGAAGUGCGAGAAAUUUUUGAACAAAGCUUGGCUAAGCGAGGAAUUCAGCCGGAAAGUAAACGUCUUUCAAGCAAACAGCUGGAGUCGAGGAUGGAGUCGUUGAGAUCUGAACAAGAAGGACGAGCUAAGAAAUUCAAGAAUUUCAAGGAAAUAAGAAAACGAAAAGCGGAAGAGGUCGACGUCAUGGCAAGAGGAAUGUUAAAUUCAAAGAGACCGGCGAGGCUUGGGGACGAGCCGCGAGUGAGUUCUUCUCAGCGUACAAUCCCGUUAAAGCCGUCAUUGAAGUCAGCGGCAAGUGCGAUCACCGCAGCCAGAGGCUUUGCAUCACGGGAUGCAAGUUCAAGGAGUAGGCCUGCAGAGCCUGCCUCAGCGAGGCCACCAAGUGAUGGCAACCGCAGUCCAGUGAAACCCGGAGGCUCGUUCAGUGCAACGUCAGAGAGUUUCUCAGAGGAAAGCAAACUGGGAGCUAGUAAUGAGAGGAGAGAACUGACUGAUGAAGGUUCAGAUGAGGAUACUGAUUGGGAUUCAGCGUUGAGUGGAGAUGAAUCUCCAAGCAGACAAAUGGUUCCUAAAGUUUCUGUCCAUGUUCCUACGCAAAGAUCCCAGGUUUCCCGGGUGCAAGAGCUCGCGUCUAGUUUGGAGGAAAGUUUAGAAAGAACAGCAGAGAACAAGAAACCAGCUGGUGCUGUGGCUUUGAUUCACUCAACUCCGAAUACUGGAGCUAAAACACAAUCGAAAAUUGAAGACUUUGAUGACGACAGUGAUUUCCUGUCCAGCUCCCCUGAACCAGACAGCAACAUUCAAAAACAAACGCAAGGAAACUUAAAGAAACAAUCACAUUUGCCAGGAACUGGCACUAGUGCGGGCAAACCUGCUGUUGAGCCGUCACCCAAGAAAGGCGUCAAGUUCAAAAUGGACAACUUCAGUGACUUCGACGAGAGUGACUUGGACAUUGAAAAUUUAUCGUAGAGAACAGGGAUCGUAUGUUUUUAGCAAUGUACAUACUGUGUUAUAUGUUGUAGGUAAUGUGAGAAAUUCGUUCUGGAUCUGUUCGUAAAUGUGUAAAUUCCUAAGCUUACGGCUUUAAAACAGGUUAGCUAACUUCAUGCGGGCAAGUGUA